AUGGUCCAUCUCGCCAAAGUGAAUAAGGAUGCUGAGAUCCAGCCCCUGCAGCCGUUGCAGCCCGGCCCGUCCAGAGAGGACACCUUAUCCAUGAACGUCUAUGGAAGCAGUUUUGCCGCGGAAGAAUUACCAGCUCAUGAGAUGCCGGAGAAGGAGAUGCCGCCUGAGAUUGCGUAUCGAAUGAUCAAGGAUGAGCUGAGCCUGGAUGGACAGCCGCUUCUAAAUCUUGCAAGCUUCGUUACUACCUACAUGGAAGAUGAAGCCCAGAAGCUCAUGACCGAAUCCUUGAGCAAGAACUUCAUCGACUAUGAGGAAUAUCCCCAAACCGCCCAGAUCCAAAACCGCUGUGUCAAUAUGAUUGCCCGGCUGUUCCACGCACCCACUGCAAGCGCCGCGACGGAAGAUUCCCUGGGCACGUCAACAGUCGGGUCCUCCGAGGCUAUUAUGCUGGCCAUGCUUGCCAUGAAGAGGACCUGGGCCAACAAGCGCAAAGCGGCGGGCAAGGACUGUUCAAAGCCCAACAUCAUUAUGAACAGCGCAGUCCAAGUCUGCUGGGAGAAAGCCGCACGGUACUUUGACGUUGAGGAACGAUACGUGUUCUGCACGGAAAAACGGUACGUAAUCGACCCUAAAGAGGCCGUGGAGAUGAUCGACGAGAAUACGAUUGGCAUCUGCGCAAUCCUGGGAACCACCUACACGGGCGAGUACGAGGACGUCAAGGCCAUCAACGACCUGCUUGUGUCCAAGAAGAUUGCCUGUCCGAUCCAUGUCGACGCGGCCAGUGGCGGGUUUGUUGCUCCCUUCGUCAAUCCCGACUUGGAGUGGGAUUUCCGACUGGAGAAUGUCGUUUCUAUCAACGUUUCCGGUCACAAGUACGGCCUGGUCUACCCCGGUGUGGGAUGGGUCUUCUGGCGCUCCCCGGAGUACCUCCCCAAAGACCUCAUCUUCAACAUCAACUACCUGGGCGCCGAGCAGGCCAGCUUCACUUUGAACUUCUCCAAGGGCGCUUCUCACGUUAUCGGCCAGUAUUACCAACUCAUUCGCCUUGGAAAGCAUGGCUAUCGCGCCAUCAUGACCAAUAUUACCCGCAUCGCCGACUAUCUGUCCGAGAAGCUGACAGAACUGGGCUUUAUUAUCAUGAGCGACACUCAUGGCCGUGGCCUGCCGCUGGUCGCCUUCCGCUUUCCCCCCGACGAAUCUCGCUUCUAUGAUGAGUUCACCCUUGCUCAUGUUCUACGUGAACGCGGCUGGGUUGUCCCGGCGUACACCAUGGCGCCGCAUAGUAAUAAUCUCAAGAUGAUGCGGGUCGUUCUGCGCGAGGACUUCACCAUGAACCGCUGCCACACGUUACUGGAAGACAUCAAGGCCGCUUUGAAGACAUUGAAAGAUAUGGAUAAGAAUACCAUGGAGAAGUUUGAACAACUGUCUCAUAUCCACGGCUCCAAUUCCGCCAGAGCUCAACGCAAGCACAAGCAUUCGUAUUACCAUGGCGAAAAGCACUCCUUGCAGGGAAAAACAGGCAAAACCCAUGCGAUUUGUUGA